CAAGGUCAAAUAAAUAGACUCGCGGAAAGACUAGCGGGCAACAUUACUGACAGUGUCUGCAGAUGGGAGGGUAAGUAGGGAGGGAGAUCCCGUCCAGUCCAGCAGUGAUUUCUCAUCCUCCUGCUUACGUCUUUGACUCCGCCUCUCCACUGCCCUGCAUCGAGCUAGUCUCAGUGCCCCUCUCCUGUUGUUCCGUGCUGAUCAACUGAUACGAUGGCCUCCGAUGGUAUGGAUGAACGAUCCCCGCUGUUGUCAGCACCGAACUCGGGGAAUACCACGCCCACCGCUUCACCGUACCUGCAGGACUCGAGCCCGAGAGCUGAAUUACCUCCACCCUACACAGCCAUUGCCAGUCCAGAUGCGAGAGGAGUUCCUGUCAUUAACUGUCGAGUGUGCCAGUCACUUAUAACUCUGGAUGGCAAGCUCCAUCAGCACGUGGUGAAGUGCACCAUCUGCAAUGAGGCCACGCCUAUAAAAAAUCCACCAACAGGAAAGAAGUAUGUUAGAUGUCCUUGCAACUGCCUGCUAAUCUGUAAAGACACGUCUAGGAGGAUAGGAUGCCCUCGGCCCAACUGCAGACGGAUCAUCAACCUGAGUCCUGUGAUGGUGAUCCCAGAGGAGCAGCCCGCCCAGCCAGCUCUGCCCGUCCAGCCCGAGGGCAUGCGUGUGGUCUGCGGCCACUGCGGCAACACAUUCCUUGGCAGCGAUGAUGAUGAUGAUGAUGAUGAUGAGUGCUCCCAGUCUUCCUCAGGCCUGGCUAUUCGCGGCCCCUCUGAUCUUUUCAAGUGGAUGGAGCUACGGUUCAAUACACUGGCCAAGUGCCCGCAUUGCAAAAAAAUAUCCUCUGUAGGCAGUGCUCUACCCAGAAGGCGCUGCUGUGCCUACAUUACAGUAGGAAUGAUCUGCAUUUUCAUCGGUAUCGGUUUAACAGUGGGCACUCAGGACUUCGCCAGGCGUUACCAUGCUACUUACGUGUCCUGGGCCUUCGCGUAUCUCCUGGGUCUCAUCUGUCUGGUACGGGCCUGCUACUGGGGAGUGAUUAAAGUCAGCUAUCCAGAAAACACCUUUGCGUAGACAAAGCCUCCGUCCUUCAAGUCCUUAGUGUUUGAUUUCUCUUUAAUUUGAACAGGUUAACUGUUACAAGAACAUAAGAAACCAGGGGGUUUAGAUAGUAGAUACUAUGUUUCAGAUUGAGUUAUCGAUUAGCUCUGAUGUAACUGAUUUGAACCCACGUUAUGAUGCCUUGAGCAAUUAAGGUGAAAUCGGUGAUUCAAAAAAAUAAUACAAAUAAUCUGUUCAUGGUACACCUCUUGGAUUUGUCAUGGUGGGUGGAUUUCAAACAUAUUUUAUGUACUGCAUUUUGUUACCAACCUGACCAAAACAGAUGAACAAUUUGUCCAUUGCACUACGAUUUUAUGCAAUUCUUCUGUUGUGUUGCUGCUAGUCACUACAGCUGUUAGGAGCUGAGAGAUGUCAUGUGUUCAGAGAGCCUGCCAGCACCCAUGAUGGCACUAUCUGUCACGUUCAAAUAUAUUUAACUGUUCUUAAAAUGCGUGCCAACAUUUUUGUUGUUUAGUAUCCGUCUCCCUUUGAUGAAAUUUAGCAGUAUUUUCAAACCCAUUUUGGCUGCUCAAACUCACUGUCAGCAAUAAUCAUGCUUUUUUGUGGCUUUAAAAGAAAAACUGCAUGUUCACAGACAUCGGACCUCU